AUGGAGAGACUGAAGAAGAUGGAGGCGGGUGAAUACACGACGCUGACGAGGGUGUUGUUCGGGUUGGAUGCACCGACGCCGGUGUCCCAGGACGAGGCGGAGGUUGAGUUCCUCGAUCAGACGCUCAAUGACAGCCAGAGGGAUGCGGUCAGGUUCGCGCUGGCGUCGAGAGAGGUGGCGCUCAUCCAUGGUCCCCCUGGCACAGGCAAAACCUACACCCUCAUCGAACUCAUCCUCCAACUCGUCCGACGCGGACUUCGCAUCCUGGUCUGUGGCCCGUCGAACAUCUCGGUGGACAACAUCGUCGAGCGGCUAGCCCCGCACAAGCUUCCAAUCAUCCGGCUCGGCCAUCCGGCUCGUCUGCUUCCCUCCGUGCUGAACCACUCCCUUGACGUUUUGACGCAGACGUCGGAAGCGGCUGGUAUAGUCAAGGAUGUGAGGAAGGAGAUGGAUGCGAAGCAGGCCAGUAUCAAGAAGACACGAAACGGUCGGGAAAGGAAGGCCAUCUACAACGACAUGAAAGAUUUACGGAAGGAGUAUCGUGAGCGGGAGAAGCAGUGUGUGACCACCCUAGUCAGCGGCAGCAAAGUCGUUCUCGCAACCCUCCACGGCGCAGGCGGUUUCCAGCUGCGAAACGAGCAAUUCGACGUCGUCAUCAUCGACGAAGCGAGCCAAGCGCUCGAAGCACAGUGCUGGAUCCCUCUCCUCACAGCCAAAAAGGUCGUCCUCGCUGGCGAUCACCUGCAAUUACCGCCCACCGUCAAAUCCCUGGACCACAGUCUCAACCCCAAGCCACAAAAAGACAACGAUAAAGAUGAGCCCAAAGGCGGCGGCGGUUCACUCGAAGUGACCCUCUUCGACCGCCUCCUCACCCUCCACGGCCCCGGCAUAAAACGCAUGCUGACGACGCAAUACCGCAUGCACGAGAAAAUCAUGCGCUUCCCCUCGGACGAAAUGUACGAUUCCCACCUCCUGGCCGCCCCGGCCGUGGCCACCCGCCUCCUGACCACCCUCCCCUACGAAGUCCAAGCCACGGACGACACGACCGAACCGCUCGUCUUCUACGACACCCAAGGCGGCGACUUCCCCGAAGCCAUCCCCCCUUCCCCUUCUCCUCCUCCUUCCGCCGCCGGCACGAAACCCCUCAAGGCCUCCUCCCUCCUCCUCAACGACAGCAAGUCCAACCCCUCCGAGGCCCUCCUCGUCCGGCGCCACGUCGGCCGGCUCGUCGAGGCCGGCGUCCGGGCCGCGGACGUCGCCGUCGUGACGCCCUACGCCGCGCAGCUCGCCCACCUGGCGCGGGACCUGGGCCUGCGGGAGCGCUUCCCCGGGCUGGAACUGGGCAGCGUGGACGGGUUCCAGGGGCGGGAGAAGGAGGCCGUGGUGCGGAGGAGGUUGAAUGUGGCCAUGACGAGGCCGAAGCGGCACCUCUGCGUCGUGGGCGACGGCGAGACGGUGGGCAAGGGGAGCGGGUUCCUGGCGCGGUGGGUGGGCCAUUUGGAGGCCGAGGCCGAUCUGCGAUAUCCCGAUCUGGCCGAUCUGCAGGCUUUGUGA